AUGUCCGAUUUAUUACCUUUAGCUACCUAUACAUUGAAUGUUGAACCAUAUGAUCCGACUCCUGCUAUCAGUUUUGACAAGCCGGUGACUGUCCGUAUUACUAUGGCUGCCAUUGAUCCUGAACCAUUCGAUGAUGAGGAGAAGCCAUCCACUUUAAGAAUGAUUAAGAGAAAUCCAGAUUUUGAUGACUCUGAAGAAGAUGAAAGUGAUAUCGAUUUUAAUGAAGAAGGAGAUGAUGAUGAUGAUGAUGAUGAUGAUGAUGAUGAUGAUGAUGAUGAUGAUGAACAAAAAGAAGAAGAAGAAGAGGAAGAAGAAGAAGAAAAUAACAAAAAGAAAAAGGAACACCACCAUCACCAUCACCAUCAUCACCAUCAUCACAAGCACAAACACGACAAAGAAGAUGAAGAGUCAAAUGAAGAAGAAGUGAAGGAAGGUUCCGAUGAUGAAGAAACUCCAAGUGAUGACGAUGAAUUUGAAGAAACUGUUCUUUUGACUUUAUCUCCAAAGACUGCAUAUCAACAGGCUAUAGAUAUCACUAUUGCUCCAGAAGAAGACGUACAAUUUGUUGUCACUGGGUCCUAUACUAUUUCUUUAACUGGUAACUACGUGAAACAUCCAUUCGAUUCUAUUAUGAAUGAAGAUGAAUACGAUGAUGGUUUGAUCCCAGAAGAUAGUGAAGAGGAAUAUGAUGAUGAUGAAUUAAGCGAAGAGGAUUUGAGUGAUGAACUGGACAACUUAGAAGAUGCUAGUGACAUUGAAGGUCGUAUCGAAGAAUUAGUUGCGGAAGAUGAAGCCAAGAAGGAAAGUAAGAAGAGAAAGGCUGACGAAGAAGAAGAGGAGGAGGAGGAGGAAGAAGAAGAAGCUGAAGUCGAAAUAGAAGAAGAACCAAAGCCAAAAAAAGCUAAGAAGGAAAAGACUAAGAAGCAAACUGAACAAGAAAAGAAGGUUCAAAAGAAAGUUGAAUUUAAGAAAGAGCUAGAAGAAGGUCCAACCAAGAAGAAACAGGAAAAGAAGCCAAAGGCUCAAGUUUUACAAGGUGGUAUUAUUAUUGAAGAUCGUACCAUUGGUAAAGGUCCUCAAGCUAAGAAAGGUUCCAGAAUUGGUAUGAGAUACAUCGGUAAAUUAAAGAAUGGUAAAAUUUUUGAUAAAAACACUAGUGGUAAACCAUUUGUCUUCAAAUUAGGACAUGGUGAAGUCAUCAAAGGUUGGGAUAUCGGUGUUGCUGGUAUGGCUGUUGGCGGUGAACGUAGAAUUAUCAUCCCAGCUCCAUAUGCCUAUGGUAAACAAGCUUUACCAGGUAUUCCAGCUAACUCUGAAUUGACUUUUGAUGUUAAAUUAGUUUCUAUGAAAUAA